AUGUUAACGUUUUUACCGCGUACAGUACGCGUCACGCCGCCACGUCAGCAGCGAAACGGGCUGGUGAGUCCGCGACCUUUGGUCGAUUUUAUGAUCGAGAGGUUUUGCCGGACGAAGUCCAAUUUGCUGAGGGCAUUCUCGGUAAUAGAGAUUAAGGUCAUUCGUUUAGGCGCUCAUACAAUCACGAUAGAACUUCACUUAGAGGCUGACGUGGAAUUUUUGCGUGAAGAAGUGAAAAAUAAAGAGAAAAGACUUAGAUUAGAACAGGAAGCGAUUGAACAACGAAAAUUAGAGCUAGAUAGAAAGUCACAACAAAUAAGCGAAAAUCUCCGGGCACAAGAAGCGGAGAUUGAGCGCAGACAAAAAGAGUUAGAAAUCAGAGAAAAAACAAUUUUAAACUCAAAUCCAGAAACGCAGCAGGAAAUACAAGAUAAGCCUGCGCGAGAUAAAAAUCAAAAGGAUAAAGAAUCAGAAUCAAGUAUAGAAUCAGUUAGCAAGAAAAUGGAUCAAAUACUUGCUAGGCUAGCAGAACUUGAGACUCGGGAAAAAACAGAUUCCAAGUCAAUUUUACAAGCGCAGUCGGGAAACAAAGAAAACCCGGCAUCAGACGUCAAUGAUCAACAGGUAGAGUCAAAAAUAGACAUACCAGAAAUAAAAUCAGGAACUCAAAACCUGAAAAAAGAAUCAAAAAAACAGGGUAACUUAGGAUCUAGCGAAGCGACGGACGACACAAAAGAGAGCGAACCGCGGCUAGACCAGGGAAAACCAAAAAUCAGCGAAUUACGCCAGAAUAAAAUAGAAAUAGAUCAGAAGCUAAAGCCUUUAAUCGCGAAAAGCUUAGACAUUACCGAUAAGAUCGCGAACGAGUCCCAAAUAAGAGCCACAGAAGCCGACACAGAGGUAAGUCCCGAUCCGGUAAUGAAUCAAUGUAGCGAAGCGAUACAGAUAGAAAAGAUUGCGGAAGCAUCGAAACCAACGAGUGACACGGAGAAAUUUGCCGACGGUCCGAGCGCUAGCGUAAGAAAGCUCGCCGACGCUCCGCGCGCGAAUCAGAUAAACAGCAAAAGUGUAGACUACGAUCGCGCUUCAAUUAUAUCAGACACGUCUGUGCAGACUAAGGAAGAAAAAAUCAAUACUGAAGCCGAAGUUCUUGCGAAGGAACUCAUAUUUCGUGAAACGGAGAAAGAAAUGCGUGCGAAAUUGAAAGAAUUGCGAGGUGUAGCGACGAGCGGUUCCGACCUAAAGCCACAAGAGCUAGGCGCACCCGACGCACCCCAAUACCUGGUUUUGGACGAUGAUUUUGAAAUCCGACAACGCGAACGUGAGUUACGACAACGCGAACGCGAGUUACAACAACGCGAAUCAGAACUAAAAAGGCAGAAAGCAAAAGAAACGAUUAAAGAGUUCAAAUUUCAAAAGACAGACAAAGAGGCGCGCGAAAAAUUAAAAGAACUAAGAGGUGGAGCAAGCGGAGAAGACCUACAGCCACAAGAGCUGGGCACUCACGGCGCACCCGAGUAUCUUCGAUUAGACGACGACUUCGAAAUCCGUCAAAAGGAACGCGAGCUUAAAAAACGUGAACUGCAAUUAGAAGCACAGGUAAAAGAGUUAGAGCGUAUAAAGUUUAAUCCGCGAAACAAAAGGGAAUUAGAUUUAGCCCGCAGAGAAGAAGAACUAAAAACAAGAGAACUAGCUGUCAAAAACGAGUUAGCUCAAUUUCAACAAAAGAAUAACGAAAACCAAAAUUACGAGAAUUAUCGAGUUUCAAAAGCAAUCAAUCAAAAUAUAAACGUUCCAACUUUAUCAUUGACCGAGCAGUCAAUAUCCGUAAAAGACGCGCUCGCAGUAGUGCCGAAAUUCGACGGAAAAAUAUAA